AUUAAAUAAAAAAUGGAGGAAAGGGUCCAACUCUCAACUCUAUUGGACUAUGUGCUACAGAAGUCAUAUGGGGACCUCACUCAACUGGCGGAACUGCUACCAAGAAACAGUGAUGAAGAUAAGAAGUUGCGUAUAGUCCAGUACGCUAGGCACACGAGGCAGUUAUUGAUACAGUUACUGGCACUAGUGAAGUGGGCUCAGACCUCUAACCCCAUUAGACACUGCACAGAUAUGUUUCGUGAGCUCAACCACCAGUCCUGGGUAUACGUGGAUACAGCUGAUCAGUUAGCUCAUCUAUCAAGAACCACACUACAACAAGCAAUGAUGCCAAUCCUCAGUUUAGCUCCAGCCAUUGAUGUACUAACCACUGGGUCUUACCCUCGGCUCCCCACCUGUAUCAAGAACAGGAUCAUACCCCGCCCACCACUCACCCCAGAGGAGAGAGCAAUGACCUUCAUACUGAUAGAGGGAGUCAUCAGGUAUAGACUAGCCAGGGAGCACUUACCAUCAGCCAUCAUGAAAGUGAAGAGCAUUGGAAAUGGGCGUGUCACCCUAACUGUUCCUUAUGAGUUUGAAGUGACCCUGACACUAGUAGGGGACGACCUAUCUCUUCCCUGGAGGGUCCUUGAUUUAAAGAUAUUAGUCGGCCAUGCCCUCUCCGGUUCCCCUGUCCUAGUGACAGAGCAGCAGCGGCUCUACCUCCUCCAGUUGGUUCAGUCCAGACUUUGUUCAGUUGAUGGUAAUCUCAAUGACAUGUUCAAUACACUCCAUCACUUCUGUCUCUCUCUGCAGCUGGACUGCCUCCACGCUGAGGUGGAGAGACUGAGUGUUGCUGUGUGUGGAGUGUAUAUGAAGGUGGAGGAUUAUGUACCAGGUCACCUCAUUAGACUGGUCUACUGGAGACACACUGGACCGGCUUAUCUACUGAAUAAUACCAGCUCUCCAUGGCCUCGUAUUACAAUAUACAUCAACCCUCACUCUCAGACCAGGCAGUUAAUAACUAGCCACACCCCUCCACUAUCAAUAGACCUAUCACUGGUCCCUAAUAAGCUAUCAUUCCAGGACGUACUGGUACAGUGUAUCAAGUACAGGUCACUAUCAAUACUGGAGAGACUCAAGAAACUCUUUAAUGACACACCAUGGGAGAAUAAAGCUGUCCUUCACUCC